AUGGGAGAUCAAGGAGUACAACAGAUGCAGCAACCUGUUGUUGUAUAUCCAAACACAUACCCUAAACAGUAUCCAGGCCCAUCUUCUUCUUCUUCCUCUGGCUCACGCGGUUCCUUUGGGACCGUAUUCAUAGUCCUAGCCGUGAUCCUUGUCUUGUCGGUUGUGGCUUGUAUCUUUGGGAGGCUAUGUAACCGUGAAAGAGGCGCGGCUAAGCAACAGCAUAGCAAGCAUCCAAAGCAUGAGAAAGGGUCGUCUAAGAAGAGCCGUGAGAUUCGUCCUGUGGAGCGUGAGCCGAGGGAGAGAGGUGAUUUGGAGUUUGGCUUGGAUAUGAAACGGCCAGGGCCAUUUGACAAACCCUCUGGAAGAGAUCACGGAGAGGACAUAGAAUUCGGAUUUGAUAACAAGAGAGGAGAAAGAGGAGGAGGAGGAGGAGGACCACCUCCACCGAGUAUCAAACAUGGAGUGAGAUUCAAGUUACCGGAAGAUGGAGAUCAUCAUGGCAAAGGCGAAAUCAGACGUGGAGGUCCUGACUUUGAGUUCCGACCAGGACACCAAUGA